AUGGAUCUUAGAAAAUUCUUCUCAGUGGCUACGUCUCAACAGGAACAGGAUGAACAUGAUGCCCAAAGACAAAGUGAAAUUGGUGAGAUUGAGAAAGAACAAGGUGAAUGUUCGAACGUUGAGAUAGAGACUACUGCUGAACAGUUCCCCAAUCAACCUUAUCAACCUGAUGAUGUGAGUUGCAUCCCAGUUCAAACACUCCAGAACCGUAAGCUUAAGUUUCAGCACAAGUGGUUCAAAGACUUCCCAUGGCUUCAUUUCGAUCAGAGCAUAGGUGGGGUACUUUGCCACUGUUGUACUAGUGCUUCUCGGCAAAAUCUUACUCAGCUUGCCCGCUGUUCAGAUGAGGCUUUUGUGUCAAAGGGAUUUCGCAACUGGAAGAAGAGCACAGAGAAAUUUAGACAACAUGAAAAGUCGACCACUCACAAGCUUGCUUCUGAAAAUCUAAAAUUUCGAAGAAUCCAAACUGAUACCAAUGUGCAACUCGACUCUAGACUUCGAGAAGAACAACAUACCGCACGGUCAGCUCUUCUAAAGAUCAUUACCUCAUUGCAGUUUUUAGCCCAACAGGGUCUUGCCAUUAGAGGAAAAGAUGCGUUGGAUGGUAACUUCCAGAAACUAUUGCAGUUGCGGGCUGAUGAUGAUGACAAUCUGAAAAGAUGGCUAACAAGGAAGACUACUUUUACAGGUGGUGACAUUCAGAACGAAAUUUUGCAGUUAAUGGGCCAUGCUGUUUUGAGGGAUAUCUGCAGUGAUGUGAACAAAAUGUCUACACAGUUUGGAAUCAUAAUUGAUGGAACGCAAGACAUUCAGGGCAAUGAACAGGAGAGUGUGUGCGUGCGUUAUGUUGAUGAUUCGUUUGUUGUUCAGGAGGAAAUGCUAGGCCUCUACCAGGUUUCCUCAACAAGUGGGGAAUCACUUUCUAAGAUGCUGCAGGAUGCCCUGAUACGACUGCAACUGCCUAUAGAACACCUUAGAGCACAAACGUAUGACGGGGCAAGCAACAUGUCUGGAAAAUACAAAGGAUGUCAAGCAGAGAUUAAAAAAAUACAACCGAUGGCAAGUUACUUUCACUGCGGAGCCCAUGUGACACACCUCAUCACUUCCAAAGCACUGCAAACUGCACCAUAUAUAAGGAAUGCCCUUGGAUAUGUACAGGAACUCGGCAACCUAUAUAACAGCUCUGGAAAGUUCAAACACCUGUACUUGAAUCUACAUUCUGCUGACACUGAUAAUCCUUCCCCUACAAGACUAAAGCCAAUAUGCCCAACUCGCUGGUUAACGCAUUCAGCUGCAGUUAAAUCGGUUUUGCAGAAUUUUGAAGCCGUAUUGGAUGCCCUUCAUGAAGCAGCUGAAGACUUUGGGACAAACACUUCAUCAAGAGCUAGCGGCCUUCAUAGUUGUCUUUCGUCUGGAAAAUGCAUUCUUGGAUUGUUUACAGCUUUACCUGUUAUCCAGUGCCUUGAACACUUUAAUAGGGCUCUCCAAGGAACAGAUAAGACAGUUUCUGGGAUGCUUGAUGCAGCAGAAGUAACAAGGCGUAAUCUACUCACCCUUCGUUGUGUUCAACAAUUUAGGGAGGUCUUUGAAGCAACAGAACAACUACUCAUACAGUGCAACCUAGAACCAGUAACUCUUCCACGUAAGCGCAAACUUCCAAAAAGACACGAUGAUGGAGCUACCCAAGAGUACACUGCCAACUCUGCAGAGGAAUUGUACAGAGUGGAUUUCUUCAAGGUCAUUGACAGUGCAAUUUCUAACUUAAAAGACUACUUCACAUCCACUGACCUCAUCUUGUAUAAGGACUUAAGCGACGUGCUACUUACUGGGUCCGUUCAGCCACAUACAAUUCGUAAGUAUCCUGAACUCACGGAUUCUCUACAGCAACAAUUGGCCUUCUUUCGGAAUCAGUUUAGUGGAUCAUCCGUUGAGGACUACCGAAAGAUCUUUUUGGCAAUGGUGCCGGAAGUCCGUAGAAUGUUCCCUCAAGUUGAACAGUUGCUCAGGCUUCUUCUCAUCUCCCCAGCAAGUUCAUGUGUAGCUUAA